UAACCCACCCAACCCGACCCAAAAAAUCACGGGUUAUCAGGUUCGGGUCAUUCGAAUUUUGGGUUACAAUUUUUUUUAUUUUUUGGGUGAUUUCGGAUCGGAUCAACGAAUCGUGUUGUAAUUUGCCAGGUCUAGUGACAAGUCAAACCAUAUCGAAUUUUCAAUAUAAGGGGGCUUUUCCCACCAAGGGGGAAUGGCUACAUGCAGCAACAUGGCGGAAUUAUUGGUGAAUGAAUCGUUCCUCUGUCACCAAAUUGGGAAAUCUUGAAGACGUCACUGAAGCCGUCACGAGACCCGUCGCCGUCGAUCGCCAACCGCAAUUGAAGAAAUCUGCGAUCUUCGGAUACGGUGGGACUCCACCGGCGUCUGGAAAAACAGGUCCGGCACUGCACUAUCCACAAUGGCAAUACAAUGAAGAUUUUAUAUUGAUGAAAAUUGACCCUUUUUUUAUACGCGUAGUUGGUAGCUUACUCAUGUUAAUCAUGAGUGGUAAAAGUCUGCGUCAGAACUAUUUUCUUGGGUGGAAACAGAGCGUGUUGUGGUUUGAUUACCUGCAACCCGCCAAAAUCCGCCGCCGAGCGAAACAGAGCGCCAGUUUCCUCCAGCAGCUGAGUCACCACCCGCCAUAACUGCGCUCACCAAAUUCUCCUCAACUGUUCAGUCUUUUUCCAACAAUGGGAAAUCCUUUUUGCAUAAGGUUAUUAUUUGAAUUUUGGAAAAACUCCAAAGCUCGCCAUUCAAGACAAACUCUGGACAAUCCACUGCGUCACCACCAUGAUAGAAACUUGCACUGCAGAUUUCAAAUAAUGGCCGCCGAAGGCGAGAAACCAUUUCCAUGGAUCUUCCCAAUCGGCUCCUUCUACCGCCAUUUCUCUUCUUCUUCUUCUUCUCGGUGUUCCUAUUUCGCGCCACCGCUACAAACGACGCCGUAACCCCGGCGCAACCGCUUAAGGACGGUGACGUUUUGAUCUCGGAGACCGGCAAAUUCGCUCUCGGGUUCUUCUCCCCCGGCCGCUCCACCAACCGAUACCUCGGCAUUUGGUUCCACGAAGUCCCGGAGCUAACCGUCAUCUGGGUAGCCAAUCGGAACGACCCCAUCGCCGCCGGCGACUCCGGAUUCCUCUCAAUCGACUCCACCGGCAACCUCGUCUUGUUCGCCGGCGACGGAGAAGAUCAAAACCGAAAUCGAACUCAAACCCAAGUUCCCAUUUGGUCAACCAACGUUUCGGCCGGUCUCGAUUCUAGUUCUCCGCGCUCGGCGCGGAUUCUGGAUUCAGGGAAUUUCGCGCUGUUCAGCAGUUCCAAUUCGACGAUUCUGUGGCAGAGUGUUGAUUACCCGACGAACACUUUCCUACCCGGAGCGAAGCUCGGGCUGGAUCGGAAAUCGGGUCUGGACCGGUUCUUAAACUCGUGGCGGUCCGAGGACGACCCGGCAACCGGGAAAUUCUCGUUUCGGCUCAACCCGAAGGGCUCCCCGCAAUUCUUUUUGUACGAAGACGGGAAACCUUACUCUCGAAGUUUUCCUUGGCCGUGGGGGAGCUACGGCGAGAUCUUCAACGUCUCGUUCGUGAACAACGAAGAAGCAACGUUCUUUGAAAUCGCUCUGAACGACGAUUCUUUUCUCUUCUGGGAAGUUUUGGAUUCGACUGGGGUCAUAAGGGAGAAGAUCUGGCGAAAGGGCUACGACGGAUGGAAGGAGUACUGGGCGACCCCGACUCAGAAAUGCGAUUCGUACAGGCGCUGCGGCGCCAACGGUUUGUGCGAUCCGAGCAAUUUCAACACUUUCGAGUGUUCUUGCUUGCCUGGAUAUGUACCCAGGUCGCCGAGAAGCUGGCGAUUGUUCGAUGGCUCCGGUGGGUGCGUUAGGAAGCCGUCGAAAUCGGGGUCGAAAUUGGAAUUGGAUUUCGAAUUGAAACCGGAAUUGGGAUUGGGAACUUCUGAUGGAUUUUGUGGGGUGGGAGAAGGGUUUGUGAGAGUGCCGAAGGUGAAGACUCCUGAGAGUUCAGGAGCUGUUUGGGUGGAGAAUGAGGGUGGCGGCGAGUUGAGCUGCGAAAGGGAGUGCAGGAAGAACUGUUCAUGUUCUGCUUAUGCUGAAAUAGAUGCUACUUUGAAGGAGAAAGGUUGCUUGUUAUGGUACGGAGAGCUGGCGGAUACUGUCUAUUUCCCUGUUAGUUUCCAUGAUUUGUAUGUUCGAGUUGAUGCAGAGGAAUUUGCUAACUAUCAGGGUGGAUCAAACAAUUCUCUUGAGUUGAAGUUGAAGUUGAGCAUUCUUCUGCCAUCUAUUGGUUCAGUAGGGCUUGUCGUUAUCGUGAUUGCUUUCUUUCGGCUCAGGAAGUGGCGAAAUAGGACAGCAAAGAAGAGAAGGAUCAGAAAUUUGUUCCACCCAAAUGAUGGUUCAAACCACUUCACAAAUUCUGUGGUUACAGAGCAAAUGGAGGGACAUGCAGUAUAUCCCGAGUUGCCAUUUUUCAGCCUCAAUGCCAUAAGGGCUGCUACUGACAAUUUUUCUCCAGCUAACACACUUGGAAGAGGAGGUUUUGGCUCUGUGUACAAGGGCAGAUUACCCAAUGGACAAGAGAUUGCAGUGAAAAAGCUGAGCGAAAAUUCUAGGCAAGGCUUGGAGCAGUUCAGGAAUGAAGUGCUGUUGAUUGCAAAGCUCCAGCAUAGGAAUCUUGUGAAGCUCCAUGGAUGCUGCAUAGAAGAAGAAGAACAAAUGUUGAUUUACGAGUACUUGCCCAACAGAAGUUUGGAUCUUUUUCUUUUUGAUCGAAAGGGAGGAACAGUGUUGGACUGGACUAGGCGUUUCAGUAUCAUAGUUGGCAUUGCCCGUGGAAUCUUGUAUCUUCAUCAGGAUUCGAGGUUCAGAAUCAUACAUCGAGACUUGAAAACCAGCAACAUUCUACUAGAUGGAGAGCUGAACCCCAAGAUCUCAGAUUUCGGCAUGGCUAUGAUACUGGAGGCCGACCAAGUUCAUGGGAAGACGUCCAGCAUUGGAGGAACUUAUGGUUACAUGUCGCCAGAGUAUGCAGUGUUCGGGAAAUUCUCCGAAAAAUCUGAUGUUUUCAGUUUCGGUGUCAUAUUGCUUGAAAUGAUAACUGGCAAGAAGAUCAAUAGAGUUCACUCAGAAGAUGAGAACCUGAAUUUGAUAACCUAUGUGUGGGAGCGAUGGAAGGAAGAGAAAGCAUUAGAGGUCGUGGAUUCAUCAAUGGAGGGAUCUCUCAAUGCUCAGGAAGUAUUAAAAUGCAUCCAAAUUGGGUUGCUAUGUGUAGAGGAAGAUGUUCAAGAUCGACCUAAUAUGUCGAUGACGGUUCUUAUGUUGAACACUGCAAUGCCACUUCCUCUCCCCAAGCAACCUGGGUUUCCCGGUACAAGCUGCUUCAAAAAACCCAGAGGAGCAGCAGAAGGAUCAUUUUCUGUAAACGAGAUGUUUUGGCCGCACAAUUUGAUGGACAGGGACAGGAGUGGCUCGGGGUGCCUGCUUGUAGUGAUUGAGCUCUACUACGGGAGGAUGGUUCAAUCAGAAUUCUCGAGCGUGGAAAUUGCGUUGUUUGUUCGUUUGAUUGGCCAAUUCGUGCAGGCCCAAAAGGCGAAGAGCAUUCUGUCUUUCAACAACGACCCUGCAACUGCAAAUGGCGUCGGCGAUGAUGGCUCUCAAGAUUCCGGCACCGCCCGCCUCAGGCAGCUCCGCAACAAACAAGAGCUCAAGCUGGACCUCUCAUGCAGGAUGUUCUCGAAUUUCGCUUUCUCCUUCUCGAUCAUCUUGGUGCUCCCCGGAAUAACCACUCUUUACUACACUGGUUUGACCUUCGGAUCGUUGUUACAUGGCUGGUUCAUAGCCGGGUUGUUCACCAUGUUUGUCGGGUCCGCAAUGGGUGAGAUUUGCUCUGCUUACCCGACAUCCUGUGGUCUCUGCUCAUGCUCGCCACGCCAGCCCUUCUUGGGCGCCUUUUGCCUCCUGGAACACUGGCUGGAGUGCAGGUUCAACAUUGUUGGCCAGUGGGCUGUGACGGCAAGAGUGGACUUUUUCCUUGCACAAAUGAUUCAGGUGAUCAUUCUGCUCAGUACAGGUGGUCAAAAUGGUGGUGGAUAUCAAGCAUCGAAGUUCGUAGUCAUUGCUUUGCAUAGUGGCAUCCUUUUCCUCCAUGCUUCAUCCCAGCUGUCGCAAACCGAAAGAACGAGUGCUAAGUUUGUAUUCACACACUUCAAUAAUGAUAACGGGGAUGGAAUCAACAACAAGCUUUACUUCUUUGUUCUGGGCCUUCUGAUGAGCCAGUACACUCUUACAGGAUAUGAUGCUUCUGCCCACAUGACAGAGGAAACAAAGAGUGCCGACAAGAAUGGUCCAAAGGGGACAAUAAGUUCCAUCGGAAUAUCAGUCAUAUUUGGCUAUGCCAUUGCCGAGAUAUUCUACCAAGCUUUCAAAAGAAGAUAUGAAAGUGGAUUUGUUGGGAUUAUAUGCUUAGGAGUUGUUGCAGUUGCCAUCUUCUUCUGUGGUAUGAGUUCGGUAACUAGCAACUCCAGGAUGGCUUAUGCAUUCUCUAGAGAUGGAGCCAUGCCAUUCUAUUCGCUCUGGCACAAAGUCAACGUCCCAUCAAUGCUGUUUGGUUGUCUGUCGUCAGAUCCUUCUGCAUGACAUUAACGGUAAUAAUGCUUUCUUUAACACAUAUUUGUCAAUUCCUUCCUAGCUUAGUACUAAAAACGCUACAAUUUUAUCACACUUUGACUUGAUAGUGCAGCAUCUCGUAAGCGAAGUGGCAUUUCAGGCAAUGGUGUCUAUAGCAACCACCGGGCCUAAUAUUGCAUAUGCAUUGCCAGUUGCCUAUCUUUUCAGGGUGACAUUGGCUCGCAAGAGGUUUUUUCGGGGGCCAUUCCACUUGGGAUGUUAUGGUAUCCGGAUUGGUUGGACUUCUGUGGGGGAAUUGUUUCUGUUGGUUGCUUGUGGAUGGGUUUUCAGUGCCAGGACGUGGUUAAGAGGUCCCGUCACCAAUGUGACUGUAUAGAUCAAUUAGGAAUCUGCUAUUUUUGGAGCGUUAUAGGGAAUACUGAAUCAAAGUAGUGAUAUAGCAUAGUCAGUUCUCGAGUGUUUUUGGGAAUACUGAAUUAUUUGAUAAUGGGAAUUUAGUUAAUCAAUGAGCUUCCCCGACACAAGACAUCAGCUACCCAUGCAGAAUAAUGAUUCACAUUGACUAGAUUGGGCUCACGAGAAGUAAUUUCUUCUUCCUCAAGCAAAGACACCAUCUCAUUGUUAGUACUUCGGCUGCAACUUACUCUGACCACCUGCGGCAUGUUUUUGCAGAGGCCCGCCAUUGAUGCUCGCCCUGUCGGAUAUGUUUCCCGCUUCAAAGGAGGUAAAACUAAUGGAUUCUGUUUAAGCCACUGUAUUGUUAAAUGGAUGUUAUUUGUUUGAUGUAACUGAAUUAUGUGAGACAUAUUGGCAAAAAUUACGCCGAUAAUACGUGUUUGACCACAUAAGUGCCUUAUAAAAUAUCCAGCGGUUC